AUGCCGCUGCUGGAGGCUCCUGCCGAGUACCUGGAAACAUCUCCGGAUCACUCCCUUCAGGCGGAGCUGCCCAUUCUACUGGCUCCUCCUGGCCCGGCGGCCUUGGCCCAGGUCCGGAUGCCUCCGCCUGAAGUCCGGCUCAACCAGCAGAAUCCCGCCCAGCAGCAGCAGCGGGCACUACAGUUCAAUAGACGACAACUGGGCCGCCGCAACUCGUUUGACCGGGAUGUGCCCAUAACCGAGGAGACCCAACACCUUCCGGCCUUCGUUCAUUUGCUGCCCGUGGUUUUGCCUCAACAAGCCCCUGAACCGACCUUGGACGAGCUACUGCGGCGCGUGACACAGCGCACGGAUCUGGAGGCGGUGGAGUCGGUGCGCCUGCGCGUGAUCUCCUACACGAUCAGUCUGUCCCGCCUCUCGCUCUUCCUGCCGCGCCUCCAAAGCCUCGACCUGAGUGGCAGUGUGCUGAGUUCGCUGCGGGACCUGGGCUACGGCCUCCUCCAGCUGACCCGGCUGGACAUCAGCAACUGCGGCCUGAACAGCUUCGACGGCACCAGUGGACUGCCGGCCAUCCGGGUGCUCAUCGCCGAUGGGAACAUGAUCCAACGGGUGGAUCCGCUGGCCGAACUGGUCCACCUGCGCGUUCUGAGGGCCAGGAACAACCGGAUCAGCGAACUGGGCCUGCUCUCCUUCCUCGGCAUGUGUCCGCAGCUGCAGGAGGUGGAGCUGCAGGGGAAUCCCGUCUGCCGACUGCCCCUCUAUAGAUCUCUUCUGGCGCGAAGUGUUCCCACUUUGCAACUGCUGGAUGGACGGGUCUUGAAUGCUCCAACUGCUUCGGUGGAUAUCGUGGAGGCUUCUUCGCCGACCUCCACCUCCAGCGAUCUGGAAUCUGGCUCGGAGGCGACGACGGCACAACGUCCGGCCACCGCACCUGCUCCGGAACCCGUUCAGAUCUCCCUGAACGCCAGCCUUCGGCGGCAGAUGUCGGCCAGUUCCGCCUCCACUCCGGUGGCAGGAUCGGUUUUGGGUCUGGUGCGUCAGCGGCGGAGGCGCAGUGGCCACGCCUGGGUCAGUUCCUCCUCCUCCAGCGGAUCGUCGUCCGCCUCCUCGGCCAGGUCCACGCGGGCUCCCUCCAUGAGCUCCUGCUCCUCCAACAGCAGCCUCGACGUCCAGUCAUCCCACUAUGCCUUCAGUCCACAGUCAACGCUGGACUAG